AUGCAGGCUCCGAACGUCGCGGCCGCGGCAGCCGCCACUCCUGCAAAUGAGAUUGCGGCGACUGUAGACGCUGAUAACCAUGAUGAAGGUAUUGAUGCCGAUGGGGAGGAAAGCUCACAGGCAGAUACAGAGAGUAUCCGCACUACCUCUACGGCUUCUUUGAGCGAAAGCAUCACUGAGUACCGUCGCAUACAUGGGAGAACCUUUUCCCAAAAGACAGACUACUGGGGUCCCAAUGACGAGAAGCAGAACGAAGCGCUGGACAUUGCUCACUAUUGGGAAAUCGUUUUCUUCGAUGACAAACUGUUCUUGGCGCCUAUUGGCGACAGCCCGCAAAAAGUCCUCGAUCUCGGAACUGGAACUGGUAUCUGGGCUAUCGAUUUCGCCGACGAAUUUCCGUCUGCUCAAGUCACUGGUGUCGACAUUUCUCCCAUUCAGCCUGGCUGGGUUCCUCCGAACUGUAAAUUCCAAGUUGACGACAUCGAGCAGUCGUGGACGUGGUCCGAGGACUUCGACUUCAUUCAUAUCCGCCACCUUGAAGCCAGUAUCGCGGAUUGGCCGGCAUUGUACAAACAAGCUUUCGAUCAUCUGGUUCCUGGAGGCUAUGUCGAAGUCAAGGAAUUCGAUAUCACGACUCGAUCGCAGCUUUACGGUGACGAUAUCCCUAAAGACCAUGUCUUCAGUCGGUGGGCGCCAGUCUUUUUUGAGGCAGCUGACAAGCUCGGUAAGACGCUGACCCAGACCCACAACCGCGGCAUUGCCAGAGCUCUUGAAGCAGUCGGCUAUGUCGACAUCGUUGAGAAGAGAUAUUCCAUCCCUAUUGGUGCUUGGCCUAAGGAUCCAAAGAUGAAGGAGGUUGGCGAGUGCAAUUUGCUGUACAAUGAUCAAUCACUUGAGGGAUUUGCCUUAUUCUUGCUCAAGGAGAUCAUGGGGUGGGAGUAUGCCGAGAUCAUCGUCUUCGUUGCAGAGAUGCGUAAAGCCCUCAGAGAUCCAAAGCUCCAAGCGUAUUUCCACCUCCACGUUGUUUACGCACGCAAGCCCGAGAAGCAGGAGGAAGCUCAGGCCUAA